AUCCGGGGAGGGGGGUUUUGGACCGGAGAAAAAAAAAAAGCCCCGCUCACAAGAAAAGUUACUCGACACUCUAUUUUCUGCUUUUUUUACAGAUCUUGACACCUGCUCUUGCGUUUAGCAGAUCGGCGUCUGUCAUACUCCUCUAGAGGUAUAGAGGUUUUCUCGAGACCCCUCGCAUCACAAUGGCUCAGGAACGUCUGCGCAUCCUCGUCGUCGGCAGCGGCGGGCGUGAGCAUGCCCUGGCGUGGAAACUCAGCCAGUCGUCCCGGGUCGACAUUGUCUACGUCGCUCCAGGAAAUGGAGGUACCGCCGCGGGUGCCUCAAGCAAGAUUGAAAAUGCCAAUAUCAAGGGAGACGACUACCCAGGGUUGGUGGCUUUUGCCCAGGAGAACCAAGUCAACCUUGUUGUUCCUGGCCCAGAGGCUCCUCUAGUUGAUGGAAUUCAGGGAUAUUUCCAGGCCGUCGGUAUUAGGUGCUUUGGUCCAUCAAAAGCCGCCGCACGUAUGGAGGGCUCCAAGGCCUUUUCGAAAGAUUUCAUGAAACGCCAGAACAUCCCCACUGCCGCGUACGAGAACUUCACAGACUAUGAGAAAGCACGCCAAUAUCUGGAUAGCGUCUCUCAUAACGUCGUUAUCAAGGCCGAUGGCUUGGCUGGCGGAAAGGGUGUCAUCAUUCCUACAACCAAGGAAGAGGCCCACCAGGCUCUCCGCGAAAUGAUGCUUGAUCGCCAGUUUGGAGAUGCCGGAAAUGAGGUUGUCAUUGAAGAAUACCUCGAGGGAGACGAGCUCAGUGUCUUGACCUUCAGCGACGGCUACUCGAUCAAAUCCCUUCCCGCUGCUCAGGACCACAAGCGUAUCUUUGACGGAGACCAGGGGCCCAACACAGGUGGUAUGGGCUGCUACGCCCCAACACCCAUCUCUUCGAAGCAGGUCCUUGAAGAGAUUGACCGCACAAUUGUUCAGCCAUCUAUUGACGGCAUGAGAAGGGAGGGUUUCCCUUUCGUUGGAAUCCUAUUUACUGGACUGAUGAUGACGAAGAACGGCCCAAAGGUCCUUGAAUAUAAUGUGCGCGGCGGAGACCCAGAAACCCAGACUCUACUACCUCUGCUUACCGACGAUACCGAUUUGGCGGAGAUCAUGGUGGCGUGCACAGAGCACUGGCUCGACGGCGUUUCCAUCAAGAUCAAGCCUGACUUCUCCACCACCGUUAUUGCGGUUGCUGGCGGAUACCCUGGGUCAUAUGCCAAGGGCAAAAAGAUUACCCUGGACCCUGCCCCAGAAGGCACCUUGAUCUUCCAUGCCGGAACCAACCUCGCUGGAGCUGAGCUUCAGACUGCUGGUGGACGAGUGAUUGCCGCUACUGCCACCGCAUAUAGCCUUGAAGAGGCCCUGCGCAAGAGCUAUGCCGGCAUUGAAACAAUUCACUUUGAAGAUAUGUUCUACCGCAAGGACAUUGCGCACCGAGCCUUCCGACAACGCGAGGCCCAGCAGUCACUGACAUACGCCUCUGCCGGCGUCUCCAUUGAUGCCGGUAACGACCUGGUCAACAUGAUCAAGAGCAGCGUUGCGAAGACCAAACGCCCCGGAACUGAUGCCGUUAUUGGCGGCUUUGGCGGCCUCUUCUCUCUGGCUGCAGCCAACUCCGCUUACCACCCCGAGUCUCCCACUCUUAUCGGAGCCAUCGAUGGCGUCGGAACCAAGCUCAAGAUUGCACACGCCGCGGGCAUCCACAACACUGUCGGUAUUGAUCUUGUCGCCAUGAACGUCAAUGACCUCGUCGUCCAGGGAGCUGAGCCUCUUUUCUUCCUGGACUGCUAUUCUUGCGGCAAGCUCGACGUUAGCACUGCCGCCGCCUUUGUCACCGGCGUUGCCGACGGCUGUAUGCAAGCUGGCUGUGCCCUCAUCGGUGGCGAGACUGCCGAAAUGCCGGGUCUCUUCAUUGAUGAGUCCUACGACGCGGUCGGAGCCGCCGUCGGCGCCAUAAACACCUCCGGCCCCAACGCCCGCACUAUCCUCCCAGACACAUCAGCCAUGAAGGCCGGCGACGUUCUGCUUGCCCUGGCCUCCUCAGGCCCCCACUCAAACGGAUACUCACUCGUCCGCAAGAUUGUCGAGCGCUCGGGCCUCAGCUACAACGACCCCGCCCCCUUCUCCAUGUCCUCCUCUUCCUCUUCCUCCUCCACCGAUACCCAGACCCUCGGCCGCGCCCUCCUAACACCGACCCGCAUCUACGUGAAACCCCUCCUCAAAGCCCUCAAUUCCUCUUCCCCGUCUUCAAUCAAAGGUCUCGCUCACAUCACCGGCGGUGGUCUCGUCGACAACGUACCCCGUAUGCUUCCACCAACCCUAACUGCGCACAUCGACGCCAAGUCAUGGACGCUACCCGCUGUCUUCUCAUGGCUCAAGAAGAACGGCAACGUUUCUGCGCACGAGAUGACCCGCGCCUUCAACUGCGGUGUCGGCAUGGUUAUCGUUGUGGAGAAAGGAUCCGAAGCUGCUGUCAGGGACCUCCUCGAGAAGGAAGGCGAAACCGUCUACCAGGUCGGUGAGCUCAGGAUCAAGGCUGAGGGCGAGGAGCCCUGUGUUGUUUCUGGACUCGAGACCUGGGAUGCUUAGAGGGCGACGGUCCAUUUUCAAUCUAUUAUGUUCUGUGCAUAGUUUGUUGGGGUAUCUGGCAAAGAUAAAAGAAAUGGCUUUGUUUUACUACUAUUUAUGCGUAUGACCCUAUUCGCAGUAUCAUCUAGACUCUUUGCAGUCUCGUCAAUGAUAUUGAUUUCACAUCAUUCUUCUACACAUGUGCAUCCAUCCUUCCUUGUAGACUAGAGGAGGCGCUUCUCUUGUGAUAUUUUCA